CGUCAGCCCCACCUGGCCUUCAUAGCAAACCUAGCAUAGACCCACACACACAUCUACUAGAGAGAGCUGUGCUCAGAGCUCACGUCCACUCGUCUGGCUAGCCUUCACCCAAGAACCCGUUGAGGAGAUUUCAUCAAGACAACAACACUUCAGAGAGGGAUUGAACACAUAACCACCUGCACAAAAAAAAACAGCUAACUACUAACCAUGAAUCUCGAGGUCCCCAAGUUGGAGAUCAAGUCUGCCACCCGUGUCACCGGGGGCCCUGCCACACCACGCAAGGGACCCCCUAAAUUCAAGCAGAGACAGACUCGCCAGUUCAAGAGCAAGCCCCCCAAGAAGGGAAUCCAGGGCUUUGGUGAUGAUAUCCCUGGAAUGGAGGGUUUAGGCACUGACAUCACAGUCAUCUGCCCCUGGGAGGCCUUCAACCACCUGGAGCUUAGCGAGCUGGCCAAGUAUGGUAUCAUCUAAAUCUUUCAGACCUCCACCAUUCAUCCCACAAUCCUCUACUUCCACGUCCAUCUACUUACAACCAAAGAUUGUGGAUACAUGAAGAUAGUCCACUCAAGCAGUUUACUAUUGUAAAAAAUAUUCAAUGUUCCCGUUUGUGGAAGUGGGUGUUCCCUCUCUUUCGUGAGCAUGCUUUCCCACGUGAGCUCACAGUUCCUCCAUAAUAACUGGCAUGCACACACGAGAAAUGAAACAGCUGGCUCUGGUCUAGUUAUUGUCCCUGAGCUAGAGAGAUGUCAAUCUGGGGCACCCCCUCCGCAGGGUUGGGGCAAUAACUAGACCAGAGUGUCGCCACCCCAAUCAGCAAAAAAUGAAGGUGGGAUGUGUCGCUUUCUCUACCGUCUCUGUUCAAACCAUCCAUCUGCCAAUGCCCUCUCAAUGUGUUUGACUGAAACUAUCAAAACAUAUACCAAAGUGAAGACCCCCCCCCCCCCCCAAAAAAAAGGAAAGCGGUACAGAAAAUAACCGUCUCCAUCUUUAACUGGAUUCUUCUUUUGUUUCUGCAGCUGCCAAAGUUCACAUACAACAUGUCUGCUCAUGAUUAGGACUCUGUUCUGGUAUCUCUGUCUAUCUUUAUCAGGUUUUCAGCGAUAUUCUAUCUAGCAUUAACCAGCAGCCAUUUUCCUUUUCUCUCCUCCCCUAUCUCCAAGCGCUUCUCUUCUUCUAUCCUCUUUUUUGCUCCUCUUCUUCAUGGAACACAACAAACAAUUUACGAAAAGCAAUGCAGCCUCAAAAGUUGAGUAAACAAACAAGUGACAUACCCGUGAAAUGGGUGGGUUCUCAUUUCACGUGCCUCGGCACUUCUUUUAUCAUCAUAGAUGAAAUCUGUCAUCGAUGCCGAAUAUCACACAUAUAAAAUCUGAUUCCGGUAGAGAUGAGACAGUUGCUUGUCAUGGCUGAGCAUAAUCUGUAGUCUGUCACUGGUACAAUGUGGAUGAAACAACAUCAUCCUCCUCCCCCUUUCCUCUCCCUCAGGAUCACCAAUCCUUCACUGGUACACACACGACUUUUAACAGAACAAGGAUUCUAUCAUUCUAUCGUCCCGUUUAACUCUGGCAUUCUUAUUUUCCACAUUUUGUAUAACAAAGAAGAAUUUGUGACUAUCUUUAUUAUGUAACGUAUAUUUUAACUAAGUAUUCUCAGGGAUAUAAACUUGUUUUAUGGCUUUGGAAAAAAACACCUUGUCAUUGGCAGUUUUGGCUCUUGCUGUCUUUACUUUUACCACAAGCAGCAUGAUAGACAUUGAAUGGCGAUGAAUGAAUGUGCAACAUUACUACAACAGAUGCAGAUUCCCCCACAAACCUCAGAUGUCAAACUUGAUUUCAAAUGUGAUUCUCACCUGAUAAUCUACCAUACUAGGUCACUGUGAUUGGGUAGUAGUAGUGAUGUCUUGUGUAAUCUUGUUUAGGUUACCUUCCCCAAUGCUCAUGUUGACGUCUCUUUGUUACUUUAUUUAGCUGGGCAUGUCAUCUCUAUUUCAUUAAUUUUCUCUAUAAUUCAUUCAUUCCAUCCAUAAUUUCAUCUCAUUCCACAAUUGUCAUGCUUACCAUCAUUUUGUUUGCUUGUGUUUCACUGUAGUCUCAUAUUUGUAUCGUAUUUCUUGAGAUCAAUGUACACUUAUGUAUACUUUGUGGCCAGUCACAUUUUAAUAGCCUAUAUAAUGUAUAGAUGUAUUUAUUUUAUUUUUGCAUGUUCACUGUCUUUUACUUUGUCCAUCGCAUGUUGGCAUUGUGUCUUGUGUGUAUUGUGGGUGUUGCACACUUAUUUUAUCAUUAUGUCAUCUUUUCAUUAUGUCUGUUUUAUUUUAUACUUGUCCAUUUGUAGUUUAUGUUGUGUAAUCAUGUAAAGACCAUCUUUCCUCAUCCUUAUCUCUCUAUCAUCUCAUCCAUCAUUCGUAGUGUUCUCACCAAAAAGCCUAGUUUUUCAUCAUCAUUGUAGUUGAUCAUUUAAUUUAAUCUCUAGAUAGAACAUUGACCUCCACAUUCCUUGGACCAGUCUGCACUGAUACUGGCCUACAGAGUGUACAUUCUUAGUUCUAUGCUAAAUUAUGUCACUGAUUUGCAAUAUGUUAUACCGGUUGAAGAUUACCUUUUUAAAAUGCCCUUAACUUAUACUGUUCCUAGGCCGUCAUUGAAAAUAAGAAUUUGUUCUGACUUGCCUAGUUAAAUAAAGGUAAAAUAAAAUAAAUAAAAAAUGUAUCUUACCAUUUUUCAUUCUUCUCCUUUUCUGGUAAAUGAGUUGAAGGCCAUGGAUAGCCUACAACAGCUAGUUUGUGUUGGAAUCCUCACCCUGACAGUGAAAAGUUACUUGAGGGGUUUGUAGUCUUGCAGGAUGGAUGUCCACGUUGUCUCAGUUUCUUGUGAAUGUAAAAUUAGUAGCAGUGAAUGAAUGGUAAGAAAUAAGGGAUGAGGAAGAUGGAUGCUUCAGCUGCCAACAUAGGCUACUCAUGUCAUCAGAGCUCUGUCCUUUGUACAGGAUCAAAUCAAAAUAAAGCUAAAAACAAAAGGAAAAUAAA